AUGUUAAAAUUAACAGAAAUUAUGGAUUCAACUUGCAAUUUUUGUGAGUACCAAUAUGUACAUAAACCACUAAAUUAGGACUUUGCAGUCAUCAUCAAAAAAGCACUCUAUGAGAAGUAUUCGUCUUCGCAGAAUUAUACUUACAUUCGAAUCAUCAAUGAUCUAAUCUUCGCUCGUAGAAGUCGAAUCACUAAUACAUUUAAAGACUAUCUCUUUUGGGAUUAUCAUGAUGAGUAUAUGGAGAACUACUUCCAUUCUCCUAACGAUCUACUCUUCGAUACUAUUAAAUCUAAUGUAUUGGUUGUAACUUAAAAUAGACGAGCAGUCCCAAAAAUUUGUGCCCCGCAUAUUUCAUACUCCUAUUGCCAAAACUAUGGAUAAUUACUACAAUCCCAAAAUUCGAUAAUCUCGAAAAUACUCCAAAGUCAAUUCCAUUAGCGUUUCAAAAAUAUUAUAGAGUAGUCUUAUCAAAAAGUAUCCUAUUCAUAUAUUAUGUAAAGACUACAAUAGUACAGUUCAUAAGGAUCCAUCUUUUAUAUCAAAAACCAACUCAAUGAUAUUGUCACAAAUAGUUCAUUAUCUUUUCAAACCAUUAACAAGUACAUAUAAUACUUAAAUCUAGUAAGUAAGAGGUUGGAGUUCAACUAAGAUUAAUAUACUAGAAAUUCUGUGAUAGAAGACAAGAAAUAAAAAAAUAGAAAUAGAAAAAGAGAAGUUAAGCUCAUUCAAUUGAUAAAGAAACUCAAACUUAAGGAUUUCAAUUCAUACCUAUUAUUUAUCACAAAGAUAAGCAAUUUCUAUAAAGGAUAAUCAAAUAAUAAAAGGAAAAAGAAUCUACACAAAUCUAGUUUCAAAAAUUGAACAAAUAAAAUAAAACAUCUAGAUAUAGAAAUAGUGUAGAUGUCAAUAAUAAUAGAUAUGGUUCUGCAUCUAAAAUAUCACAAUAAUCAACUGCAAGAGUUUACGAAUCCAAUGCUUCAAGUAGAUACAAUUCUACUGCUACUUAACAAAAAAUUAUUCGAUCAUAACGUACUAAAUCUUAAACUCAAGAUUCAAAUAACAUUACAAAAGCCUUAGAAAGUUAAUUCAAUAAUUAAGUUGAUGUUAGGUAAACAUUAAAAAGGUUUGAUAGUGGAAUAAAAUAAAAAAAAGUUAAAUGA